GCGCCCGCCCAGAGGGCCCACAGGGGCCUAGUGUCCUGCAUCGACCCUUCCAUUGGACUAAAUGAAGAGCAGAAAGAAUUCCAGAAAGUGGCCUUUGACUUUGCCACCAGGGAGAUGGCUCCCAAUAUGGCAGAGUGGGACCAGAAGGAGCUGUUCCCAGUGGAUGUGAUGCGGAAAGCAGCCCAACUGGGCUUUGGGGGGGUCUAUGUACGGACAGAUGUGGGUGGGUCUGGACUGUCACGGCUUGAUACUUCUGUCAUCUUUGAAGCCUUGGCUACAGGUUGCACUAGUACUACAGCAUACAUAAGCAUCCACAACAUGUGUGCCUGGAUGAUUGACAGGUUUGGGAAUGAGGAACAGAGACACACGUUCUGUCCUCCACUCUGCACCAUGGAGAAGUUUGCUUCCUACUGCCUCACAGAACCAGGAAGUGGAAGCGAUGCUGCAUCCCUUUUGACCUCAGCUAAAAGACAAGGAGAUCAUUACAUUCUUAAUGGCUCCAAGGCCUUCAUUAGUGGCGGUGGCGAGUCAGACAUCUAUGUUGUCAUGUGCCGAACUGGAGGACCAGGCCCCAAAGGCAUCUCAUGCAUAGUGGUUGAGAAGGGGACUCCUGGCCUCAGCUUUGGGAAGAAGGAGAAAAAGGUGGGGUGGAACUCCCAGCCAACUCGAGCUGUGAUCUUUGAAGACUGUGCUGUCCCAGUGGCCAACAGAAUUGGGACCGAGGGCCAGGGCUUCCUUAUAGCCAUGAAAGGACUGAACGGAGGGAGAAUCAAUGUUGCCUCCUGCUCUCUGGGGGCUGCUCAUGCUUCAGUUAUCCUUGCCCUAAACCACCUUAAUGUCCGCAAACAGUUUGGAGAACCUCUGGCCAGUAACCAGUACCUGCAGUUCAAACUGGCCGAUAUGGCAACAAGGCUGGUGGCUUCAAGACUCAUGAUCCGCAAUGCGGCUGUGGCUCUGCAGGAGGAGCGGGAAGAUGCUGUGGCUCUGUGCUCCAUGGCCAAGCUCUUUGCCACCGAUGAAUGCUUUUUGAUCUGCAAUCAGUCUCUACAGAUGCAUGGAGGAUAUGGCUACCUCAAAGACUACGCUGUUCAGCAGUAUGUGCGGGACUCCAGAGUCCACCAGAUCUUAGAAGGUAGCAAUGAAGUAAUGAGGAUGCUGAUCUCUCGAAGCCUGCUUCAGGAGUAG